AUCUCCCAGCACAAAAUCCCCCAAUCUGUGCACAAAGUCGCACGAGAGAAGGUGUCUGUAGGAACUUUUCCGACUGCACGGCAGUUGCUCGCGGACGGUGCUUUGAUCAACAUGCUUUCUAAAGCUCAAUAGCCAUCGAGCAUUAAAGUUUAUAGUCAGAGAGAAAUAAUCUGUGCAAUUAAAAAAGGUUUUUUUGAUAUUCACUGAAUUAGUAAAUUGAAUUUUCUGUACAAAGUGAAAAAUGGGAAAAUUUCGGGCAUGAUCGCAAUGUGCGUCAUUUGUGGAAAAUGUGAAGAAUCAGGAGGAGGAACUCUCCGUCGAUUGUGAGAAAAAUUUAGCUCAAGUUGGAAAGAAAAUUUGUGUGUUGCGUGUCAGUAGACAAAAAGUGCAGAUAUUUGUGAGAAAAAAAAACGCAUCACAAUAGGAAAGAUAGCAUCAAUUUGCAAUUUUUUUAGAGUGAUUUUUUGUGGUUGGUGCAAUUUACAAAGAAAAAUCCCACAAUGGUGUCCCAAGUGGUGGCAAAAGCCAUGGGCAAGAUUCUAGGACGACUUCCUGUCCGGCUCAAUGUAGGAGUAAUGAUAUUUCUAUCCUGCAUGACCUCCUACAUGCUGAGAGUAAAUUUCUCCAUUGCCAUCCUGGCUAUGGUAGUACCAUCAUCACCAUCUCUAUUGAACGGAACGGAUAUCACUGGGGUUCUUACAGUGAAAGAUUAUGGACCCCGCUAUCAUUGGAGUUCCAGCCAACAAGGAUUGCUCCUUGGCUCCUAUUUCUGGGGCUAUCUCAUAUCAGCCCUCCCUGGAACAUGGUUAGUGGAAAAGUAUGGAGGGAAAAUUUUAAUCACAACAAGUUUUGCACUGAGCGUUGUAGUUACCGCUCUUGCCCCACUUUUUGCCAGCUGGGGUUUCUAUGCCAUGUACAUUUCCCGAUUCAUCACGGGAUUUCUAUCGGGUCCACAUUAUGCUGCUUUUCACAAUAUCAUUUCCAAAUGGGCUCCACCAGAGGAAAAAGGAAAAUUUAUGGGGAGCCUUAUGGGUGGAACUUUCGGCACGGUGAUUACCUUGCCGAUUGUUGGUCUUUUGAUUGAGAAUGUCAGCUGGGCAACUGGCUUCUACAUUCCGGCUGUGGUAACCGGGAUCAUUUGUCUGUUGUGGCAUUUAAUUGUGGCUGAUAAACCCAAUGUGCACUCAUUCAUAAAGCCCGAGGAGAAAGACUAUAUUGAGAAAGCCCUGGGAACUAGUGUAUCCAAGGAAAAGCCCAAACCACCCAUUCGACAGAUCCUCACAUCCAUUCCCUUCAUAGCUCUUGUCAUACUGCAUUUCAGCAAUCUCUGGGGACUGUUCUUCCUAAUGACUGCAGCUCCCAAAUUCAUGAACGUGGUCCUCAACUUCAACCUCUCCCAGUCUGGAUUUCUCUCAGCACUGCCCUACUUGGCUCGUCUCACCUGUGGCAUUCUCUUUGGUUACAUAGGGGAUUUUGUGAGAAACCGGAAAUGGCUGAGUGUCACAAACAUCCGGAAAGUCUUUACCAUUUUCUCUCACAUCCUACCAGGACUCUUUUUGGCUCUCCUGUGCUUCAUUACUGAACCCUAUGCCUGUGUGGCUGUUAUCACAGCUUCUCUGGGCUUCAAUGGUGCAGUUUCAAUAACAAAUUUGCAAAAUUCACACGAUUUGGCGCCAAAUUUCGCGGGUCUUUUGUAUGGCAUUAUGAACUUCGUUGGAACGACACCGGGCUUCAUAUCACCAAUUAUUGUAUCCUAUUUCACAGAAGACGGGAACACAAUGGCAGAGUGGAGCAAUGUCUUUAUCGUGGGAUGUGUGAUCUAUGUCCUGCCGGCAUUGAUAUACAUGAUGUUGGGAUCUGGCGAGACACAGCCCUGGAAUGAGCCACUUCCUGAGGGAGAGAAGAACAAAGACAAGCAGCAAAACAGCUCAGAAAAGACUGCUUGAUGAGGAUAUCACCUCGAUGAUCACAUGUGAUAAAAGGCUUAAGCAAAAACAAAAGUUACCAUCCAGCAAUUCCAUCCCAAAAUUCAGGUUGAGAUUCCUGCAAACUGCGUCUUGUCUGCAUGAAUUUCAAAUAAAUUAUUAAUGUUAGAA